AUGUUUGCCCACCCACCGCCGAUUGGGGGCCACUCGGCGGCGGCGGCGGCGGCGGCGGCGGCAGUCAUCCUCGACACCGACUGGGACGGCACUCUUAUCUGGAUGGAUCAUUGCCAGGGCGAAUCAUGCACUAGCGGUCACCGGACCGCUGGGAAACUAAAGUCAACAGUGAAGCUCACAACUACCAGCCGUACGACGACGAUGAAACACAAAAUGGGACCGGAUGGGGCGCCGUUCGUCGCAUCAUUGCACCGUUUCGGAGUGCCGUGUUGGCACUGCUACCCGGUGGGACUACUGCUGCUGCUACUGCCGCUGCUGGUGCCCCAAACGGCCAUCAAUGGGUUGCCCAUCACCUCCAAACCGCUCGACAACAACCCGGACCAUCUGACCUGGGAGGCGGCCUGGCUGUCGGAGGACAGCAGCCGCGGCGCCGUCCCGAUCGGGGGCAAAACGAAGAAGAUUACGCCGAAAUCGAUUUUUAUCACCCCGUUCCUGAACAGCUACAACACGUCCGCCUGUCCGCCGGACUUUAAGGUGGACUACAACGGCAAGUGCAUCCAGGUGGUGAGCAUCAACACGGCCGACAUUCUCGUCACGAAGCUGCAGAGUCUGUUCGCCCAACACGGCCAGGACACUGGCGGUCCGGGUGGUGCGGGCGGCGAGGACGAUUACGACUACGAUUACGAUGCGACUGGACCGUAUCAGGUUAAUUUGCCACUGAGCAUUGAUCUGUCACCGGAACAGCCGGUGCCGGCCGGAGUGUCCCAUGGACCCAAGUUGACGUACCAGGACAACCUGGGACCGAGCUUCUACGACAGUGCGAUGGUCGACAUUGCGACCGUCGAACAGGACAAGGCCAAGAUAACGACCGUCUCGGUGGACGGCGGUGUGGCCUCGGACAAGCCCUUUCUUGCGACAACUGCCGCCACCAACGCUGGAUCGGCAGGAACAACCUUUAGCAGUAGCAGCGGAAGCAGCACUGGUUCCGAUCAAACCGGGGCCGAAAGUGACAUCUCCUUUCUGGCGUUCGAAAGUCUACCGAACGGAACACUCGCUGGUCAGAUCGAGCUGGACGGGCACAAUCGCACGGUGGUGCAGAGUAUUUUUGUAUCGUCCACUACUACGGAUACUCCGGUGGCAACCGGUGACGGUGGUGGCAGUAGCAGCACAACGCAGUCUGCUACAACCACUGAGCUGGAUACUGAACCCGGUGGUACGCCAACUGAUCGCGUUGGCGAAACGGUUGCUACCGAUGCUACUGUGGCCACUAGCACGAUCCUAGGCAGCACUGUUCCGGUGACGACGACGACCUUCGAUCAGGAGGAAACCUACCCGAUCGACAGGGAGGACGCAUCCAGCACGACGCAGAAUGUGGCCAGCAGCACCGAAGCUAGUAGUAGUCCUGUAGCACUCCCCCAGUUCGCGGACGCGGACGACCCGGAGGAGGCACUAAAGCUGGAGUUGGCCGAGGAGUCGCUGCUGUUGGAGAACAAUAACAGCUCGACGGUUCCGGUGGAUCUUUCGACGACGGACGUAUCCGACAUGAUCGACCUGGACACGCUGCCCACCUCGGAGACGGAAUCGAGUGACGAACCGACGAUCGUGAUGGGUCAGGAGGCAAGCACGACGAAGAGCUCCGACAACCGCGCACUGCCUACGAAGCCGACGGUACAGAUCAUAACACCGAUCCGUUUUAACUGGGAUCUCGGUUUUGUGGGUGGAUCGCAGGUUCCGGCGCAGCUGAUGGCUGCCAGUUACGUUCAACAGGAUCGCACAACGCGCGCCACUCCCGAAACUACCACCGUGGCCAUUGAGCGAUGGACUGAGCAACCACCAAAGGCACGCAAUGGCAGCGAAGCGGAAAGAUUAAAAGCGGCUCCGGACGAUCACCCCCCGAUCCUGCCCGCUUCGACUUCGGAGGUACCGACGACAGUAUCGGAGCCGAGUCCAGCAGCAGCACCGGUCAGUAGUGCCGCGUCGGGUUUCGCGCUGGAAAUAAAACCCAUCCCAACGACACCACCCAACAACGACCGGUACAUGGAGCAGCUGCGAAAAAUCAACGAAAUCGUUGCCGAAAAACGUCGCCUGCAGCAGCAACAGGAACAGCAGCUGGCCGCGGCCAGCUCGUCGAGCACGCGCAUAAGAUUCCCGUCACGCGACGACGAGCCGCUGCGAGGGGCCGAGAGCGUUAGCAACUAUCAGCAGGCACCGAGUGCGGGAGUGCGGUUCCCCGGAACGGCGACGAACCGUUUGACACCGAGCGGUAACCGUUUGCCGGACAUCUUCCCAAAGAAAUCGGCCGACAGUACGACUCAACGGCCCGCCUUCUGGUGGUUACCGUCCGGCUGGGAGGUUGACCAGACGGGCAACAAACCGAUGCUGCUGCGCUUCUGGUCCCGUAUGCCGCUGGUACGCGACAGUUCAGCGCCACCAGCGACCGGCACCGAGAGCCAAACUGACCAUCUCUCCAGCAACUCGAAUCGAUGGCGUUCGUCCAGUAGCUUCCAACAGCCACAACACUAUCAACAGCAGCAGCAGCAGCAGCAGCAACAGCAGCAGUUCAGCAAUCAUCUCCCGGUAGCCCCCGGUGGUGGAGCAUCGCAUCCGGUCGCUUCGGCAAGGGGUAACUCGAAGAGUCCUAGCGAAAACUUCUACAAGGAAGUUUCCGCCCAGGAAGUGUACAAGGUCAUGAACGCUCGGCAGCUCAACCACCACAAGAGAUAAGCCGGCAGCGCGCAGCCGAUCGAUCCUUUCGUAUGUCGAUGAUCCCUUGCAGGCGCGUGCGUGCGUGACUCCUGCGUGCAUAUCCAGGAGCAGCGCAACCUUAACCAAAGUCCAAUAGCAGGCUACACGAGUCCAGCUUUAAGUAUUACAUAGUGUCCAUGUCUACCAGCGAAAGCUCACCGAGGCCACCAGAUGAAGGUGGCCUCCCCCCACUACCCUCUGUCGCGUCUGUGUACGAUCCUAGGGUAGGUAGGGCCUGGCUGGGAUCAUAUCCUGCUGCUAUCGUCCAGCUGCUGUUGUGUUGUAAGUUAUUGCGUAGUGUUACUCUAGGCCAUUCAGCCGCCAAUCGUCUGAUCUUCCGCCGAGACACGCGCCUCUAGGCAUAACUAUAUAGCUACGUCAGAACAUCACCCAGAAGAACGGCGGCCAGAAGACGACUUCAUCCUCCGCGAGCCCCAAUGCGCGUUAACGGUGCGUGUCUGUUGUACAAUAAGGUUCUCACACCGUGGUUUAAGUUCUGCUGACGCUUCCGCUAAGGAUAUUACCCUAGCUUCCGUUUCACCGCACGCUUAAUUCCAUCCAGGAACCAGACAAUCUGUGAUAUUGUGUUUCAAAGUUGCGCAUUCUUAUCCUGUUGUGACAGAGCCUGCAUGCCUGCACACGAGCGACAGUCAACUUUACUUUUUUACUCACGUCGUUUUCUUUUAGUUUCGUGUUAAGCUUUACUUCCCCAACAAACCAGCCAAACAAUCGACGCAAAAGAAGUAUUUUCGCACUAAGAAAAAUACUAAUCUUUUAAAGUUCGCUGCCAUUAUUUUACUACCACCUGCUACUACUACUACUACUGCUAGUGUUAUUACUACUUAUUAUUUUCCUGCACGAAGCGAUCGGGCUUGCGGUGGGUGAAGUCAAGGAAGCAAUGGGGCCCACCAGCAGGGGUCCGAAGCGAGGAAAGAUCAGACGAUUGCCAUUUGAUGUCCAUGUACCAAGUAGGGAGCGCAAGCUACAUACCCAAACUAGAAAUGUACGACAACGGGUGCCAGGGCGUCCCGUUCUCGGUCCGGACGCACUCUCGCAGGAACGUGUAGAACAGAAGCAAGAAACUCUAGUAUUGUACACCCCUACACCACACACACCACCCAGUCCAGCGAUACCCCAAUUGCGCCGAAUAAGCUCUUCUUGAGAGCGAUAUCUUUCGUUUUCGGGUUGCCUAGA